UAAGUUUGAAUCUAUCGUAGAUGCUGUGACAAAAAAAAAUUGUUUUAUCGAAGAUGAGAAACAUGAGGCCUGUUCAUGCAAGGAACCAGACCACGGAUCCAUCUUCGCCGAUGAUGACGUCUCCUCUGAUGAAUCGUCACGCACGGACAGGAUCCAACGCUGGACCAGCAUCUAACGCCAAGAAAGCACAGACGAAAGCAGCAGCUCAGAGACUCGCGGCUGUGAUGUCGAACCAAACAGGCGACGAUGAAGACAGUGAUGAUGACCUUUCCUUUGACUACAACGCUGUCGGAAGCAUUGGUCUCGCUGCCGGAAGAUCUCAUCCUUCUCGGUCUCCAAUGAUCAAGAAACCUGUUGCAAGGCGCCCGCAAAUGGGAACUCCACAGUUAGCUGAUGACGACAAUGAAGAUGAUGAUUUCAGUGUGGAUGUAUCAAGUGGCAGACCUAGUAUUGGCCUUUCUGGUGGCAGAGCAAUAAGACCUAAGUCUCCUGUAGUGACUAAAAUUGCACCACCGAGACGUACACAACCAGUAAAUGAAGAUAAGAAGAAGGAUGAUGAUGACGAUGAUGAUGAUGUUGUUUCAGUUGAUUAUACCAUUGGUAGACCAAGUAUUGGGCUUGGAAGUGGGAGGACAAUGAGACCACAGGCUUCUAUGAACAAAGUCCAACCACAAGGACGUCCAGUGAUGGCAGUUCAGCCUACUGAUGAGGAAAACGAAGAUGAUGAGGCUCCAUAUGUGUACACAAGUGGCGUUCCAAGUGUUGGACUUGCUGGUGGAAGGGCUGCACGGUCACGCUCUCCUCUGAAAAAAACCCCUCCACUGAGGCAUCCACAAGUAAUAGCUCAGCCGCCAUCUAGUGGAGACAGUGAUGCUGAUUAUGAUGAGGCUUAUACUAGUGUCAUGCCUAGUAUAGGACUUGCUGGUGGACGGUCAAUGAAACCUCGCACUCCUUUGUCAAUUCGUACAAAGGAACAACCUCAGACAGGAGUUCCAACUUCAGGUAACCGAUCCUCAUUCGGUGAGGAUUCAACAUUACCUCAGACAACAACAAACCAAGUGGACCACCAAUCUCCAUCAGCACGUUCUGCCUUCUCUAACAAAUCAUCUCAGUCUCUCAACGCUAUGGAUCAACCUCCCUCGGCGCGUUCAUCUUUCAGUGGUCGUCCCAUAAGGACAGUGCCUUUAAUGCCAUCUUCGGUGCCUAUAUCACUCAAACCAGUCACUCCUGCUUUUCAAUCUGACACGCCAACCAAUCUUAGAAAAGACAAAAGUAGGUUCUCCAUUGAUUUGGGAAGCUCAGGCAACUUAAGAGAGUUAGGAAGUCAACGUUCUACUUCAGCUUUACAAGAUGAGGUUGAUAUGUUACAAGAAGAAAAUGAAAGUUUGUUAGGCAAGCUUCGACUUGCAGAAGAUAAGUGUGAAGAAGCAGAUGCAAGAGCUAAGCAACUUGAGAAGCAGGUUGAGAUCCUUGGAGAAGGUGUUACUAUGGACGCACGUCUUUUAAGCAGAAAGGAGGCAGCUCUGCAACAGAGAGAGGCUGCUUUGAAAGUUGCAUCACAAACUCGUGGAGGAAAGAGAGAAGAUGUUUCAGCUCUUCGUACAGAAGCUGAGAUUGCUAGGGAGGAAGCAGCAUCUUCUUUAGAGCAGCUUCACGAAGUUGAAUCAGAGCUUAACUCUCUUAAGACCUUGACCAAGAGAUUGAUAUUGACUCAGGAGGAGAUGGAAGAGGUUGUUCUGAAGAGGUGCUGGCUUUCACGUUAUUGGGGCUUAUGCGUUAGACAUGGUAGUUACCUUACUCUUGCACAUGUAAUCUAUAAACAGAUUAUUCAUAGUGAUUCUUCUACUGUUGUUAUGGCAGGGAUUCAAGCAGACAUUGCACGAGCCAAACACGAGUACUGGUCAUCAUUUGCACCCCUUCCUCUAGAGAUUGUUCUUUCCGCAGGACAAAGAGCUAGGGAGAUAGUUUCACGUUCUAACAGCACUCUUAGAGAAAGAGAAAAAUCAUUUCAAAAUCUGCAUGAAACUUCUGGUGAAGGAAAUGUAGAAAGCAUGGUAUGGGUUGAGAAAGGUUUGAGAGAACUGGCUGCACUAAAGGUUCAGGAGGCAGUAGCAUAUGUCAUGGCUCAAAAUAGACGGAACUCAUCAUCCAAGAUUUUUGUUUCAGGUGAUAUAACCAAACAAACAUCUAAGCUUAAGUUGAAUAUGAUGUUUCACCUUUUUCUAAUCCAUAUUUUAUUUUCCAAACAAUUCAUAGAUGAAGUGAAACUGCCAAUGGAUGGACAGUUUGAAGCCUUUGAGUUAAGUGACGAUGAAGUUGAAGAUGUGAGUUUUAAGCAGGCAUGGCUUUCAUAUUUUUGGAGGAGAGCAAAGAACCAUGACAUUGAAGCUGAUCUGGCGGAUGAGCGUCUCCAGUACUGGAUAAACCAAGGGACUCGAUCUGCAACUUCACAGGACGCUGUUGAUGUUGAAAGAGGACUAAUGGAGCUGAGGAAGCUGAACAUAGAGUCACAGCUUUGGCAAAAGUCAAGAAAAGGACUUGAUCAUGAAUCUAAUCCUUCUUCUCAUGUUGAACUCUCUUUCUGAAUCUUUUCUUUUUUACACACACCACAGCUAUAACAACAACAUCAUAUUUCUCAUUUUAACUCUCAUUUGGUCUUAGGAGAUUAUUAUUGAAUUUGUGAA